UGAUCAUCAUCAUCAAUCAUCAGCAACGGUCACACGCGGAUCGCAUUGUGGUAAUAGUUUAGUCGGCAAUUGAAAUUUCGAGAUUGUCGUUUAUCUGUAAUAUCAAAGAAAAGUGAUAAAAAUAUUGUAAAAUGUCGACAGUAGCCAGUCCUCUAGUUGUUGGCGGUAUUCGACAGUCUGGAGCUCCUGUAAGAACUCAAAAUGUCAUGGCAGCAUGUGCAAUCGCUAAUAUAGUGAAGAGUUCUUUGGGUCCUGUUGGUUUGGAUAAAAUGCUUGUAGAUGACAUUGGAGACGUUACAGUUACUAAUGAUGGAGCAACUAUUUUACGUUUGUUAGAAGUUGAACACCCAGCUGCAAGAGUUUUGGUAGAAUUAGCUCAACUACAAGAUGAAGAAGUUGGCGAUGGAACCACAUCAGUAGUAAUAGUUGCAGCUGAACUAUUAAAAAAUGCUGAUGAGCUUGUAAAACAAAAGAUUCAUCCAACAUCUGUAAUUAGUGGCUAUAGGCUUGCUUGCAAGGAAGCCUGCAAAUAUAUUCAAGAACAUUUAACUGUUAGUGUAGAUGAGCUUGGAAGAGAUUGUUUAGUUAAUGUAGCAAAAACUUCUAUGUCCAGUAAAAUCAUUGGAGCUGAUGCUGAUUUCUUUGGAAACAUGGUUGUUGAUGCUUCAAAUGCAGUAAAAGUUAGUGAUGGAAAAGGAGGAUUUAUAUACCCUGUGAAAGCAGUCAAUGUUUUAAAGGCUCAUGGGAAAAGUGUUAGGGAAUCUGUAAUAGUGCAGGGUUAUGCACUGAACUGCACUGUAGCUUCUCAAGCAAUGACUAAAAGAAUAGUUAAUGCAAAAAUUGCAUGUUUAGAUUUCUCUUUGCAGAAGACAAAAAUGAAAUUAGGAGUUGAGGUACUGAUCACAGAUCCUGAAAAGUUAGAAGCAGUGCGGCAACGUGAAGCAGAUAUUACAAAAGAACGUAUUCAAAAGAUUCUUGCAGCGGGUACAAAUGUCAUUCUUGUAUCUGGAGGAAUCGAUGAUCUUUGUUUAAAAUAUUUUAUAGAAGCUAAAGCAAUGGCAGUUCGUAGAUGCAAAAAAGCAGAUUUGAAAAGGAUUGCAAAAGCUACAGGCGCUCAGUUUCUUACUUCUUUAACUAAUAUGGAAGGAGAAGAAAGUUUUGACUCUAAUUUCCUUGGAGAAGCUGCCGAAGUAGUACAAGAAAUGGUUUGCGACGAUGAGCUUAUUCUUAUUAAAGGGCCAAAAGCAAGAACAGCAAGUUCUCUGAUAUUACGAGGACCAAAUGACUACUACUGUGAUGAAAUGGAACGAUCUGUGCAUGAUGCAUUAUGCGCAGUAAAACGAGUUGUAGAAAGUAAAAGCGUGGUUGCGGGAGGAGGCUGUGUUGAAGCAGCACUUUCAAUUUAUUUGGAAAAUUUUGCUACAUCACUCAGUUCUCGAGAACAAUUAGCUAUUGCUGAAUUUGCAAGAUCAUUACUGAUUAUACCGAAAACAUUAGCAGUUAAUGCGGCACAAGAUGCUACAGAUCUUGUUGCAAAAUUACGUGCUUAUCACAAUUCCAGUCAAACAAAAGCAGAUCUUGCUGAUCUAAAAUGGGUUGGUCUGGAUUUGCUUGAAGGUACCAUUAAAGAUAACAAAAAGGCCGGGGUAUUAGAACCAGCAAUUUCAAAGAUAAAAUCUUUGAAAUUUGCCACGGAAGCAGCGAUAACUAUCCUUAGAAUCGAUGAUAUGAUUAAACUAGAUCCAGAACGUACGAAGGACAAAUCAUACCGCGAAGCAAUGGAAUCUGGUGAAUUGGAAGAGUAGAAUUAAAAUGGGUUUACACAUCCUUUUCUCAUGAUUUGUUAUACCAGAAAGAUUAAAUUAUUCUUCACUUCAAAUACUAUUUCAUAAUUUAAGUGAUUAAGGAUUACAAUUUAACAUUAACGCUCAUGAAUGAAUUUGCUGGUAAUAAAUAAAAUAAAGCUUUCACAUAUAAAAAUAUUGUGUAUAUAUUUCACGCUUUAAAUAAUAAUACGAGAACAUACUAAAGUAUUGGAAACAUAACAAAUUUUAUAGUUCAUGUAAAAUUUAUCAUAUCAGUGUGAGAUAUGUUUAAUAUUUAAAAAAUGGCGGGAUUUUGAAGGUAUAUAUAAUAUGCUAUUCAUUAUUCAAAGUGCAAUUUUUGAAAAUUAGGUAUAGUCAUAUCGGAAAGGGAAUUUGUUAACUUAAAAUAACAAUUUUAGAUAUAUUUAAUACAAUAAAUACACCUGUUAUAAAAAAGUAUUUAAUGCAUAAUUAAUUUUAAUCUUCAAAUUCAAUAAAUUUUAACACAUGUAACAGUUUAUUAAUGGAAAAUAAUGGAUUAAUAUUUUUAAGUAUUAUAUGAUAUGUACUUUAGGGUUCAAAUUUUAAAGAAAAUAUUUCAGAAAUCUUUUUUUUAUUUUAUAAACAGAUGUAUAUUAAUUAGUGAAUCAUGAGACUAUUUACAAUCAGGCAUUUUAAGUAUAUGGUAUAGCAGUCGAUUUUUUUCAUGAUACGCCUUAAACGCCAUUACGUGCGUAAUGAUAGUUUAUGUUGUUUACUGUGCAUGUAUAUUUACAAUGUUAUAUGAUCGUUUUCGAGAAAUUUCAGACAUGUUAAUUUGAUAAAAUAUAGUAUUUUUU